UGGUUGCAGUAUGUGGAAGGAAGACGGACAACCAGGCAGCCAGAGUUUACUGCUCAAUUAAAACAGCUAAGUUAAUACCAUGCCAGUGUGCUAAGUUAAAUCCCAAUUUUGUCCCCCGGACGACAUCGCGGAUACUAUCGCGGCUUGUUUCUGGGUGUUUUUGUGAGGGGUUUGAACUUCCCUCACAUUCUCCCGUAACGUAUUUUCACGAAGGGAGGCGGCGGUGGAGCACUCGGCAGCCAUCUUUGGACCUGCCUGGGAGUGGGAUCCGACUAUCCUGGCACCCCAGUUACUUCGAGGGUGGGGAUUUUUUUUAACCUAGAAUAAUUCCCCCCAAAUCUGCGUGUUAUACUCGACUGACAGCGUUAGGAACCUCGAGGAUUUGGCGCAAGAAACCGCCGCGCCGGGGAUGAAACGAGAGGAAGGCUUUUAUAAUCCCAAACUGUUUUGAAAUCCACGACAUUGUCUACAGAGCUGAAACCUGGCCUGUCAGGAGACGCUCUGAACACAUAUGAGACCACUGUCCUGCAGAUGAGCCAUCGGUGGGGGCUUUCAAGUCGCUGUCGCAGACCCAGAUAGUUCCUGGCGGCAGCGGCAUUGCCCCCCACUCCCCAUUAUGCCCAACAGCAGUCGGGCGGGGAGCCUGAAGGACCCCGAAGUUGCUGAUCUCUUCUUCAAGGAGGACCCAGAAAAGCUCUAUGCAGAUCUGCGAGAGAUCGGGCAUGGCAGCUUUGGCGCUGUAUAUUUUGCACGGGAUGUGCGGACAAAUGAGGUGGUGGCCAUCAAGAAGAUGUCAUAUAGUGGAAAGCAGUCCACUGAGAAAUGGCAAGACAUUAUCAAGGAAGUGAAAUUCUUGCAGAGAAUACAACACCCAAACAGCAUAGAGUACAAAGGAUGUUACCUGCGAGAGCACACUGCCUGGCUGGUAAUGGAGUAUUGCCUAGGCUCUGCUUCAGAUUUGUUAGAAGUUCACAAGAAACCCCUGCAAGAAGUUGAAAUAGCUGCAAUUACCCAUGGUGCUCUUCAAGGGUUGGCUUAUCUUCACUCCCACAACAUGAUUCACCGAGAUAUCAAGGCAGGAAACGUUUUGCUGACAGAGCCAGGGCAGGUAAAACUAGCAGAUUUUGGUUCUGCCUCCAUUGCCUGUCCUGCCAACUCCUUUGUUGGGACUCCAUAUUGGAUGGCCCCAGAAGUAAUUUUAGCUAUGGAUGAGGGACAGUAUGAUGGAAAGGUGGACAUUUGGUCUUUGGGAAUAACCUGCAUCGAAUUAGCUGAGAGGAAGCCUCCAUUGUUCAACAUGAAUGCAAUGAGUGCCUUAUAUCAUAUAGCACAGAAUGAGAGCCCCAUGCUGCAGUCUAGUGAAUGGACGGAUUAUUUCCGGAACUUUGUAGAUUCUUGCCUUCAGAAAUUUCCCCAGGAUAGGCCGAACUCGGAGGAGCUCUUAAAGCAUGCAUUUGUCCAGCGUGAGCGACCAGAAUCUGUUCUAAUAGAUCUAAUAAGUCGGACUAAGGAUGCAGUACGGGAGCUGGACAAUCUGCAGUAUCGUAAAAUGAAGAAGAUCUUGUUUCAGGAAGCCCACAAUGGCCCCACGACUGAGGCACAAGAUGAAGAGGAGGAGCCAGAACACAGUGUGGGUAGAACGGGUACAGUGAACAGCGUGGGGAGCAACCAAUCCAUACCCAGUAUGUCAAUCAGUGCCAGUUCCCAGAGCAGCUCUGUGAACAGUCUAACAGAUGCAGGUGAUGACAAGAGUGAGGUGGACAUGGAGGGAGACCACACAGUCAUGUCCAACAGCUCUGUGAUACACCUAAAACCGGAGGAAGAGACCUAUAAUGAAGAGUCAGAACCUCACACCCGGCCAACUGAGCCACAGUCCCCGCCAGCACACACUCCACGGCCAAAAAGGAACCGCGAGCACUUUGCUACUAUACGCACAGCCUCAGUGCUCACUCGUCAGAUUAAGGAGCAUGAACAGGAUUCUGAGUUAAGGGAGCAGAUAUUGGGCUACAAGCGCAUGAGGCGGCAGCACCAGAAACAGCUGAUGGCUUUGGAAAACAAGCUGAAGGCUGAGAUGGAUGAGCACAGACUCCGUCUGGACAAGGAGCUGGAAAACCAAAGGAAUAGCUUUGCCCAGGAGAUGGAGAAACUGAUCAAGAAGCACCAGGCGUCCAUGGAGAAAGAUGCAAAAACGUUUAGCAACGAUGAAAAGAAGUUCCAACAACAUAUUCAGAGUCAGCAGAAGAAAGAGCUCAACAGCUUCCUAGAAUCCCAGAAACGAGAGUACAAACUUCGCAAGGAACAACUCAAAGAGGAGUUGAAUGAAAACCAGUCAACACCCAAGAAAGAAAAGCAGGAGUGGUUGUCCAAGCAGAAAGAGAACUUCCAACACUACCAAGCAGAGGAAGAGGCCAACUUACAGCGCAGACAGAGGCAGUAUCUGGAGCUGGAGUGUCGCAGGUUCAAACGGAGGAUCUUGAUCGCUCGUCACAAUAUUGAACAGGACUUAGUGCGAGAGGAGCUAAACAAGCGUCAGACCCAGAAGGACUUGGAACAUGCCAUGCUUCUCCGGCACCAUGAGUCCAUGCAAGAGCUGGAGUUCCGCCAGCUCAACACCAUCCAAAAGACGAGGGCUGAGCUGAUUCGCCUGCAGCACCAGACGGAGCUCACCAAUCAGCAGGAGUACAACAAGAGGAGGGAGAGGGAACUUCGACGCAAACACGUUAUGGAGGUUCGCCAGCAACCCAAGAGCCUCAAGUCCAAAGAGCUACAGAUCAAGAAGCAGUUCCAGGACACAUGUAAGAUUCAGACCAGGCAGUACAAAGCACUGAGGAACCAUCUGUUGGAGACCACACCAAAGUCAGAGCACAAGGCUGUCCUUAAACGGCUGAAGCAGGAGCAACACCGCAAACUUGCCAUCUUGGCAGAGCAGUAUGACCACUCCAUCAAUGAGAUGCUUUCCACUCAGGCGCUACGUCUGGAUGAGACUCAGGAGGCUCAGUGCCAAGGCCUACGAAUGCAGCUACAGCAGGAGCUGGAGCUUCUCAACGCCUACCAGAGCAAGAUCAAAAUGCAGACAGAUGCCCAGCAUGACCGUGAGAGGAAGGACAUGGAGCAGAGGGUGUCACUCCGAAGGGCCCUGCUGGAACAGAAGAUUGAGGAGGAGAUGUUGUCCUUGCAAAAUGAACGCUUGGAGCGAAUUCGGAGCCUGCUGGAACGUCAAGCCAGAGAAGAAGAGGCUUUUGACUCGGAGAGUAUGCGCCUGGGCUUCAGCAACAUGGUGCUAUCAAACAUCUCCCCAGAGGGCCUCAGCCAUAGCUUUCCCGGGGCUCCAGGAAGUUGGAGUCACCGUCAGCAACAGCACCCGCCUGGGAGCGGUCAAGGGCCACACUGGGGCAGUGGAAGUCUGGGUGCAGCGUCGGGCCACCAAGGCAGCCAUCACCACUAUCACUCCAGUCCGGGAGGGGCACCUAUGCAGCAAGGCUGGGGGCAGGGUAUGCAGGGAGGUGGGGGUCCACCGCCGUGGGGCCACUCCUCAGCGGUCUCCCGCAGCAGUGGAGGUGUACAGAACAGCCCCCAAGCAAUGGGGAGGACACCCUCGGGAGGACGCAGUGAGCAGGGCAUGAGCAGGAGUACCAGUGUCACCUCUCAAAUAUCUAACGGGUCACACCUCUCCUACACAUAGAUCCCCCCCAUCAGCCCUGGAAUCAGAGGUUGAGCACGGAGAUGUAGAAUCCAACAAAAACAGCAGGACAGGGUAUUUGCUGAGCUCUGACGCGCUCUGUCUCUCUCUCUCGCUCUGCAACUCUACACCUCCGUUUCUCCCGUGUACAGAUGUGGAUGUGUGAUGAAAUAAAUGUUGCUCAGGUCAAAAGGGCUGGAAGAGAUGCAGCCCGUCCUCACGGCAGUUUAUCGGCACACAUACAGAUCCUUAAAUUUAUGUUACAUAAGCAAUUUGAGUGUCAACACAUAAUACUCCCAUUUGUUUUUAUUUACAGCUCUCCUAUGGAAUUUUAAAGAUAUAUGUUUUGUGCUAUUCACAGCCAUUGCUCUCAUUUUGCACAUGAAACACUGUUAAAAAAAAGCUUUUGACAUGUGUUAACUAUAUCCUUAGAAAUGUGGUAUCAAACAAUCACAGUAAAUUGAUUUUAUUUAGAAUCCCCCCCCCUUCCUUCACUCAGCUGAUUCACAUUCAGUUAUACACUGGUCAAUUCUCUGACGGUGGUUAAUAAUGCAGCAGACCUAACUAAAGAUGCUUUGCUGUUGUAAUACCAGCCUGCUGUAAUGGUCAUUGUUAUAAAUUAGAUACCUCCUUUUUAUUCAGUAGUUUAAUUUCACCUGAUUUUCUGGUCAUCAACCAAAAUUAGACUGAAAUUCAGAGCCAAAUAAACAAAUCUUAACUGUUUCAGGUGUAUGCUACAACACUACUACAGUGCCUUUUAACCUUUUGAUUAUAGAAAUCAGUCUCAGAUGUUUAUAGUUUAAUAUUUUAAAUUUCAUCAUCAAUUUAUAAUCGGUGCCAGUGUAUGUUUAGUUCAGUCUAUUUUAACACCUGGGAUUUUAGUUCCAGAGGUCCCAGAUACUUUUCUCAGAUUAUUAAUAUUCACUGUGCAUGCAGUAAAGUUGGUAAAGUCUUAUAAAUGGAGAGAUAUAGAAAUUUACUUGUGUAUAUCAGUAACUAUAUUUUGGGCUUUAGAGUGGUGGAACUCUAGGGGUGAACUUGAAGAAAUGUCAUUGUUCACAUUCACAGGAGGAAUUGUGAGGGAAGAAAGGAGACUCAUUUGCCUUCAAAAACAAUCCUAGUAUUGAUCUGUUGAUUUUUAUUAGUGCCUUUUUAAAACUGCUGCCUUUUUCAAAGCACUUUAUACAGCUAGAUAUGUGUAAGAUUAAUAUUUGACUUCUUUUCACAAUGCACCUGGUGGAUGUUUUGUCGGUACGUAUGUAGUUAAGUUGAGGAGUCGAGCUAACCUGUGCUGUGAUAUUUUUUUUUUUUUUUUUUUGAAGAGCAAUUUCCCAAGUACAGACAAGGCCCAAGUGUAUGUCAACAUACAGUAUGUGAGUGAAAGCAGUUUCCUCCUUCCUGCAGCUUUUUGAAACUGUAGCCGUUGUUGGUUCUCCUCUGUGUGUGUUUGUGCUGAAUUUCGAUCGAACAGAGGAUGUGAGGAUGCUGCAGUCUUUUUAGAUUUGGCUACAGUUUCUAAAACACACUGAACUGAGUAAACUAAAAAGUCCAUUAUGUGCAGGCGGAUAGCUUAAGGUAAUUGUCAUGACCAUGACAGCAGGCUUGGCACUACUAAGAAAUCUACAACACUGUUGAGAAAUGUUGGGGCCCAGUUAAGUAACACUAAACAUUUAAAAGGUGCUAGGUUAUAAAUGCUACACCAUCUCAUCAAAACCCAGGAACAAGGGUGAUUGAAUCAAGCACAUGCUCGCAUGAUGGCAUUGUAGCACAUGUAAAUCUAAAAUUGAGUCACGCACACUCUGUGAAAACGGCCAAAUGCAAAAUAAAUGUGGCAAAAAAGCACUUAGGUAUUCCUUUGAUAGCUUUAGCAGAUCCUCUAAUAUCUGUUUCUCGCUUCUCUCUGGUUUGUGGUUGAAAUAUCAUUGGAGAAGUCGUGCCCUUUUAACCUUUUAACAGCUCCAUGUUCAAGUUAGGCUUUUCCAUUUCCAUAUGGAGAAAAGGCCCUUUAAGUAUAAUGAUCCAGAGAUAGUAAGGAUAUAUAUACUCCCUGAAUCACAAAGCUGGAGUUAAAUGUUCAUAUGUGUAUAUUUUAUUAAAGAAAACAUUUAAAGACUAAACUCACAUUUUAAGAAAAUAAUUUCUAAAACUAACUUUAUUUAACUGACGGACCACACUGAUACUAGCAGACCUUUCGCUCUCAGAGUGAAAGUGGUGUUGAGUCUGAACGUAGCUCAUUGGAAGAUAUUCUUGGUUUUGUGUACACAGACAGAAUGCCUCAUAUGCAUGUAUUUGCUGCCAUCUCCUUUAAAUGCCACUUAUUUAGUCAGCCGGCCAUCUCUUGAGCAUCAUCAAUGCAGGUCCCCCCCACACCGCACACAUUUGAAUCUUUGUCCCCAUUCCACACUGAUUCAGAGCCACCUUUUCAGAUGCUGGCUCUUUCUGAAUGUCAUACUGUGAUAUAGUCAUGUAUCACAUUUGAGGACACAAAAACCCUGGGGGUCUUUUUCUUGAAUAGGUGGGAUUUUAAUUUUCCACAUGUAUAUAAUCCUACCUAGAAAGUACGCAUAAUAUCAAGUGACAUAUGGUUUGGUCCCAAAACUCUUUUCUCUCAUGCCAAGUGACUAGUUCCAGCUGCUGUAACACUGCAGGUUAUAUUCAUCAUUUCUUCUCUGAUUUAUUGCUAUUUAGUUAAAGAAAGGGGAAUGUAUUUAUCAUGAUCAGAAUCUCUUUACCAUAAGUCAAAAGCCAAGGCCAAGAGUUUGAAUGUCAGGAUAAUCAGACCUCCCAUACAUGCCAACCUUAAGUUUGUAUGCACAAUUUUUGUUCACUUUUAUGUCAAUGUUGUGUGUGAGGGAGUCUGAAUAUUGUUGUCAAUCAUUAUCAGUCACAAGACCUUUCCACCAACCUGGAUUUUAUUUUGUCUUUUCUUUUUUUUUUUAAAAAAAAACCUUGAUGUCAAACUUUGUCCUACUGACUGAACGCAUAUGGGAUACUGAAUGAGAAUCGGCAACGGAAAAUGGUGAUCCUUUCUAUGGUCAAACACUGUGCCAUACCUGAGUUGCCAAGCCCAGAUACCACUGCAUCGUCUCAUCUCCAUGGUUUUACCUAUCAUCGGGCUGACAGCAUGAAAUGUAUGAAACCUUAAAACAAAAAACAAGUUGGUUCUAGUCUAGUGGCCAAAGUAAAAAAGGCUUGAAAAGAUGAUGACAGGCAGAUUAUGAAAAGAGAUUGCAUUUCUUUGAAGAUGUCAGUAUUCUUCUUUGGCACAUUACCACUACAACUCAUAACCUGUAUUAAACUGUAUAGAUGGUGGAACAUGUUACUGAAUGUCAGAGAUUUUUUUUUUUUUUUUUGAAGAUACUACAUAAGAGAUGGUAAAGUACUAAAAGUGGAUUUAAAUUGUGUAAAAAGAUUCAUAAAACAAAUAAAAUAGGAUCAAAUUUAUUAUUUUGUUUGUAUUAUAUUUACCAUUGUGUUGGCAGAGGGAUAUUGAACAGAAAUCAGCUGUAAUAAAGUAAUUUUAGUAUAA